AGAUUCUCCCUCCCUGCAUUACCUAGAAACAUAAAAAGCACACAAUCUCAAAACCAAGCUCUCUCUCUCUUUCUAUAUUUUCUUCUUGUUGUCUUGUGUCUCGUUCUCUCUAUGAGAAUUGAGAGAAGGCAUGAGAAACAGCAUCCGGUGUUGCAUCUCCUGCAUUCUCCCAUGCGGGGCCCUGGACGUAAUCCGCAUAGUGCACUCCAACGGCCGCGUCGAGGAAAUCAGCGGCACCAUCAAGGCCAGCGACGUCAUGAAGGCACACCCCAAGCACGUCCUCAAGAAGCCUUCCUCCCCCUCCACCCAAGACGGCGUCGUUCCCAAGAUCGUCGUCGUCCCUCCCGACGCAGAGCUCCAACGCGGCAAGAUUUACUUCCUCAUGCCUCUCCCCUCGCCUCCGUCGGAAAAGAACAACCACCUCCAGAGGUCCUCCUCCUCGGGGAAGAAGAAAAGGAAGGAACACCACAGCGACAACAGAAACAUCAACAAUAACAACGCCAUUUCGGUCGCCAACUUGCUCGUCUCUAAUGAGCGCUACUUGACUGAAAUACUCUCCGAGAAAGUUUCUACGCAGAGAGACAGAAGACGAGGACGUGUCGCCGUCUGGAGGCCUCACUUGGAGAGCAUUUCUGAGUCACCAUCACCUGAUUAUAUGUAAACUACUGUAAACGCUUCUUCUUAUUUUCUUCAAGCUCUCCUUAUAUUAUAUUAUAUUAUACUAUAUACCACUCUCAACAUAUGUAUUUCCA